UUAUGGUGAGAUGGAGAACUUUUCUCACCAUCUUGAAAAUGGUGUUACCGGUUCAAACGCGGAUUUAACGUACUUAAGAGAGGUGAUAGCGAACCGGGCUUCGUCUGCCGUCGGUGACGAUCUCAAAACUAAACAAAGUGUUUGUAUGGAUCGCAGACAGGUUAUAAACAAUCAGGGACAUCUUCACGUGUCGGAAAACAAGACUGUCAUUCGAUCUGGAUUACACAGCCAGGGAUUAGAAAGUACACAAAAGUUACCCAGGUCAUUAGAUAUUCCAUUUGGUGCGUCUAUACACAACGGCGGAAUGAAAGUGAAUCCUCAAAGUCAGCUACCCACUACCGUUAUAGGUAACGGGGUUGUGGAGACCGAGCGGAGUAUUGUGAUCGGGGGUACGUCAUACCCAGCGCCUUCCAAGGAACAGCUUCUCCAAAACGCAAUGCAUCAUAUUUCCGGAUCUAGCCACUAUGUGUUUAGACAACAGGGAUCUAAUUAUUCCAGCCCCAGGUCAAGUAUGGGUAGUGGUGGUGAUUCCAAAAAUUCAAGUCCCAGAACUAGUCUUAUCAACCCCCCACCCCCACCCCCCUAUGAUCAACGUUUUAUGGGGGGUAGUCCACGCUCAAGUUUAGCCAGUCCGAGGUCAAGCUUGAGCACAACUUCACUGGAGUCGAAACCUUCGAGUCCACGGACUAGCCUUGCAGGAAUGUCUGGAGUGCUCUAUGAUAAAUUUCCAAGUCCACGAACUAGUUUAACAAUAUCACAGGAAAGUCUACAAAAUAUGCAGUUGGGAAUCCAUCCCAUGUCACUACCUAGAAGUAAUAUUCAGCUACUUAAUGACAGUCGUUUUAAUGAAGGGGCUCCCCCUGCUUAUAUCUAUACUGAUCCUCGUGCAAGAACUCCACACAACAACAGUAGUGUUCAAAUUUCACACUCUCAGACAAACAACGUCAACAGCAAUAACAAUGUGACUAAUACUAAUCUACUUAAUAAUCAAAUGAAUCGGGUUGUGAGUUCUGAUAAAAGCUCCCAGUCAGUCCCUCCAGCAUUGCCUGCCAGAAAACCUAUCAACCAACAGACUCAACCUAAACAUUUAGAUUUUGAGAAAACUUUAACAGCUCUUACUCAACAGUUAGAGGAAAAUAUACGUGUGUCAACAUCCAGGAAAAAUUCCUUGGAUUCUCAGUCUUCUAUUCCGAAGGAGCCUCCCCCACCUUAUCAUGGUCCCCACAAUACUGAACUACCUGUGCUACCCCCAAGAAAUCCCCGUUACACUAGUCCCAAGCCUUCUCCCCAGCCCCAGGUCUUUGGUCAGCCAUCAUCUUUGGGGUCCCUGCCUUCAUCACCAGCCCACAUGGUGCGGACACCACCCUCAGCAGCUGUUAAACCACAAGCCCAGUUGCAAUAUCAGGUACCCCAGUCACCAAGAGGACUUACAGAAGCUGAGAAAAAAGUGGCAGCACUGACACAGCAGUUAGAAGAUGAGAUGGAAAAAACCCCACAAGGGGAAUAUUUUGGCCAGUGCUUUGCGUGUGGAGAUCGUGUGGCAGGAUCCAGUGAAGCCUGCCAGGCCAUGGGCAACCUGUAUCAUACCAAGUGCUUUGUUUGCUGUUCAUGUGGGCGGACUCUCAGAGGGAAGGCGUUUUACAAUGUCCAUGGAAAAGUUUACUGUGAAGAGGAUUAUCUGUACUCUGGGUUCCAGCAGACAGCAGAGAAAUGUUGUGUUUGUGGUCACCUCAUCAUGGAGAUGAUCCUACAGGCGAUGGGAAAGUCUUACCACCCUGGCUGUUUCCGAUGCUGUGUAUGUAAUGACUGUCUGGAUGGUGUUCCAUUUACGAUAGAUGUAGACAACAAGAUCUACUGCAUCACAGACUACCACAGAGUGUAUGCACCUAAAUGUGCUGCUUGUGGCCAGGCUAUAACACCGGUGGAGGGCACCGAGGAGACAGUACGUGUUGUUUCCAUGGACAAAGAUUUCCAUGUUGACUGUUACCAUUGUGAGGACUGUGGUAUCCAGCUGACAGAUGAACCAGACAAACGGUGCUACCCCCUGGAGGACCACCUGUUCUGUCACAUGUGUCACAUUCAGCGACUUUCUCAGCAGUAUCCUGAAGAGACUUUCUACAUAGACCCCUAUACACACAACAUACAGAACAAGCUGUAUCGGGAUGCCAGUGGAAAACAACGUGACAGUAUUGCUAUCAUGCCUGCAUCCCUGGAAUCCUACCCUCACCCUACAGGGUCCCAAUCAGAUUCCACAUUUCCUCAAGAGCAGGAACCACAAAUAACUCCUAGGGACCUAUAUGGAUCAGGACAGUCUCCUGCCGUGUCAGGAUGUAACAGUGGCCCCACGACCCCCACCCAUAAGCCCACACAGAAUGGUGUGGGGUACAUAGACUAUGGGGGUAAUCAGUAUCGAGGUUCAAGUCCUUAUCCUCAGCAACCUGCUCCUCAGGUUCCCCCGGCCAAGCAUGCUGCAACACGUUACCAAAUCACAGACUUGUAGCAAUAUUUCAUCAUUCAUCUCAGAAUCUUAUUUCAUUGUUACAAUUCCUUGUCUAAGUCAUCAUUAAUGUUGAUAUGUGUAAUCAGUCCCCACCGACACAGACAGUCUGAAGCUUUACACUACUGUCAGAAUUUUAUGGGACUUUGAUGGUUUUCUCGACUCUUGAUUUCAUGGAUAAAUGUAGCUCAAUAAAUCUACUUAUUUGAACAUUUCACCGACAUAUGAAUUCAUGGAAUAAGAAUACCCAGGAAUAAACAAAAAGAAAUCCUCCACAAAAAUGAAUGAUGUAACAUUGCUGAGAGAUUCCCCUGUUUCUUCAUGCAGUACCUCAGGAUUUCCAUCGGGUGUACUCUCCAACUUUACUAAUCUGAUUUCUAAUGUAAGUUAGUCUGGUCUCAAUGUCUGAGUAAAUAAAAUGUUCCUUGUGAAUGAUUCAACUGAAAAUAAAAAACUGAAAUAUUCCAAAUGUUUUAAAAUUUGCUAUAAUCUACAUGUAAAUUCCCCCAAAAGUAAUGAUGCUAUUCUUUUGUACAAAACUGAUAGUGCUAAUUUAGCUUUGAGUGAUUGACUUUUGGUAGUUCUAUCGUGAUUAUAAAGGCAGCUUUUUUAAAGUUAUAAUGCUUGUUUAAACCAUGGCAAUUUUUGCUUCUAAAAAUACAUAGUUCAAAGCAUUUGCAUCCAUAGUUUCUGCUUUAUGAAAAUAAUUUCUGAAGCUUUAUUUUGUCUCCUGUAGUUAUUAUUCAGCUAGCUUUCAUGUAUUUGAAGCAUUUGAUGUUGAAGAUUGUAAAUCUUUUGACAAAUAUGUCUCAGUUUGUGCUAUUAUAGUUCUUUUUACAAAAUAUUAGAUCGUAGACACCAUCAUUUUUAGCUUGCCUUACCAGAAGGGCAAAGUGAGCUAUAGGGAUACCCCUGCGUCUGUCGUCCGUCUUCCAUCAUCCAUCGUCCAUUGUUCAUUGUUCACUUUUACUAUAUAUUGCAAAUAUUCAUGAACAACUGAGUGGAUUUUAAUCAGAUUUGGUCUAGAGCAUCUUUGGGGAAAGUAAAAGGGCUAAAGGCGGGGGCUCAGUAGGUAUAAUUUAUCAAUUUCUUUAAAAUCUAUCUUGUUCUUCAGAAAUUGGUCUGAAGCAUGCUUGGGAGGAGGGAAAUCAGUUUUGUGUAAACGUUGGGUCUCAACCUCCUUAAGGCCAGAUAGGUGGGGCCCAUUAUUGAAAAUCUAUCAAUUCUGUAAAAUCUACCUUGAUCUUCAGGAAUUUCAGGAUGUUGUUAACCCCUGGACAGAUCAUAUCUUUGAAGCCAUUGAGCUUAUCACCCCAUAACUUAAUAGCAUUGCUGGAGUCAAGAGAUUAAAAACUGAUCUCUAUCCCUACCCCUAGGGAAUUUGAAGCUGUAUCUGUGGGGCGAGGCUAAUCAGGGGAAAUAUUUUCCUUCAAGAGAAAUAUGUUUUGCAUUGUUGACUUAAAUAUCCAGCUAAGUGAUACAAGCCCUCUGGGUUACUAAUUCCUAUUGCUCAUGGAUAUGAAUGACAGUUUUGAAAUAUAUAACAAAUGUAUUUGAUGAAUUGAUUUUUCUAAUUUUUCCAAUAUUAAGGGUUUGAUCACAUUUUGUCAGGGUAGAUCAGCUGUUUGUAAAACAUCAGGAUUGACAUUCUGUUACUCAUAAUCAAAUGCAAUACUUUUAUACUUAAAUGUUCCAGGGUUUGUAACAUUAACAUUGACACCAAGAUCCUCCCCCGUGCAUCAUUUGAAGAGGUUAAAGUGGAGUGAGUUUGGUCGAUACAUACACUGAUGUCUUGUUAUACACCAACAGUUGUAGCAUUUAUUGUCCCAGGAUUAAAAAAGGAGAAAUACAAUGAUUUCUAUCAUGACUAUUUCAAGCACAAAAUCUAUUAAGUUUUCAGAUCAUCUGUUUUGAAAAUGUUGGAAUCUUAAAUUGAAAAAUCAGUUAUUAUCAGUACUAGAUGCAGAUUAAUGCCCAGUGACAGUUAUACAGUAUUUAGUGAAAGGAGUACCUACUACAACUAGUUAAUUCCUUAAAACCUUAUCACGCUGUAGUAUUCUAGUGUGUACUAUAGUGUAUAUCAAUGUAAGGAAUAAUUCACAGCAAUUGCAUAAUAUGAGGAAGGAACAUGACCUGAUAACACUGCAGUAGUAGUUGAUAUAUUUUAAAAAAUGCUAAUUGAGGUACUGUAUUUAUUCAGCUGUAAAAAGCCUAGGGGCUCACAUAUCUUGUGACUCUCUCUCAGUCAGGUGGGGGGCUUACUACACAGCAAUAAACCCAGGGGCUUACCUUACCUGUGUCUGACUCUCACUAAGGUGGUGGGCUUACUACACAGCAAUAAACCCAGGGGCUUACCUUACCUGUGUCUGACUCUCACUCAGGUGGUGGGUUUACUACAAGGCAAUAAACCCAGGGGCUUACCUUACCUGUGACUGACUCUCGGUCAGGUGGUGGGCUUAAUACACGGCAAUAAACCCAGGGGCUUACCUUACCUGUGUCUGACUCUCGGUCAGGUGGUGGGCUUAAUACACGGCAAUAAACCCAGGGGCUUACCUUACCUGUGUCUGACUCUCACUCAGGUGGUGGGUUUACUACACGGCAAUAAAACCAGGGGCUUACCUUACCUGUGACUGACUCUCGGUCAGGUGGUGGGCUUAAUACACGGCAAUAAACCCAGGGGCUUACCUUACCUGUGUCUGACUCUCACUCAGGUGGUGGGCUUAUUACACAGCAAUAAACCCAGGGGCUUACCUUACCUGUGACUGUCUCACAGUCAGGUGGUGGGCUUAAUACACAGCAAUAAACCCAGUGGCUCACUUCCUGUAACCUGUGACUGACUGUCAGUUAGUGGGCUUAUUAUAGAAAAAUUAGUCCAGGUCUUGGUAAUUUCUUGACUGAACUGAUACUAAUAUGUAUAUUAACAGGCUAUGGUCUAUUGCUAGUCAAAUGUGGUACUUCAUAUCGCCAUCGUUUAAAAAUGAUCAGUGCAACUUCAGGAUAGAUCUAAGGUAGUAUUUGUAAUGAAAUGUUUUCCAGUCUUAUUGGUGCUGAUGUGUGGUAGUUAUAAGGGAGUUAUUUCUAGAAAAUGGUUUUACUUAAAUUUUGAUAACCUGUUCUUAUAAAUUCCUUCUCUGUGCUAGAGAAUUAUUUAGAUUUGGAAAUUUUGCUCUCAUCUGAUGACAAGAUUUUCAAACUUCAGCUGGUCUUUUCUGUGAUGGGGAUACAGUAUGUCAGCAGAUAACCUCAGUGAUUACAAGUCCAUUGUAAUUCAGUGUUGAUCAUACUCUAAGAUAGAUCCUGUUAGUAUUAGGUAGGCUGGGAUUUGUUACUAACCUGAUUCAAAUUUUUUUACUCUAUUAAUGCUUGUUUGUUACAACAUCUGUGUGUAUAUGUUUGCUUUAUAUUUUGGAUAUGUUUCGCAGAUUUUCUGUUCUAUAUAUAGUGGUUUUGUUUUGUUAUUUUGAAUCUGUCUCCAUCAUUACGUUAUUUACAUGCGUUUCAUUCAUUAGUUUGGCUUCACAUCCCCCCAUCCUUCAUAAUACCCUCCAUCCCUAUCUUCGAUGUUGUUCGUCGAAUUAAUCUAUUAAGUUGAUAACCACAAACACUAGUAUGCACAUAUUGUAGUUUAAAUUGAUAAAAGCAGAAACUACUAUUCACAAAAUGCAAAGUGAAAAUGAAGGAUAUUUGGAUUUAAUUUGUCCUAAAAAUAUGGUCUGUCCAGCUAACACUCACCAUUAUUGAUCUAGGUUGUGUUCACAGUCUUAUCAAUUUAGUUGUACACUGCCAUUGACACAAAACUUUGUACUUUAUUAGUUACCAUCGAUAUUUACAGAUUUAUGAACCCUCUUACACUGCAGUAGAUAUUCACACAGAACCAUGAAUCCAUAUAAAAACUGCUGUACUUGUUCACAAUGAUCCGAAAACAUUCACACCUAACUGAUGUACAGACCCAUGAAACUUGUGAUAUUCACAGAGCCAUGAAACUUGUGACAUUCACAGACCCAUGAAUCCUCAUACACUGAUAUAUAUAUAUAUAUAUAUAUCUAUGUAUGACCUUCCCAUACACUGCAAUUCACAGUCUUAUAAACUGCCAUGGAUGAGAUAUAAUGGAGGAUCUCUAUGUAUAUAAAUGUCAGCUAUCAUACACACUAUAUGGUUGUUCUAUACACAGCUUCAAUAUAACAAUAUUUAUACAGGUGUUUUUUUCCCAAUUUAACUGGCAGGAUUUUUUUAUGUUGGGCAUAUAAGUGCAUUUGUCCUUUUUAACUUCCUUAUACAAAUGCAGCAAUGGAAGUUGAUUUAUUCUGUAAUUUUUUUUAUUGGAAAGCAAUAUGUUCCAGGUGACAUAAUAUUUUUACUAGUUCACACCUGUACACUCUCAUUAAUAUAAGAUCAUGCAAUCCAGGCUCUAUAUUUAAACUUUUUUUGAGCUAUUGCAAUCAUCAAAUUUCUUCAACAAUUUCUGCAUUUUUUUGUGUGUUUUUUCUAUGUAUUGAAGAAAAUAGAAAGUAUUAAUGCUGUAAGUUCCUGUUUGCCCAUUCUGUCUGCUCUUUACUGUGUAGUGUUCUGUCUGUAUACAAGGAUGCAGGGUACAAAUGACCCGACUUUCAGUAUUAGGUACAUUGAUAGGGGAUAUCAUCGGAGCUGUUGAGAUCUGAGAAUAUUUGUUAUACAAAAGGUUUUUAAACUAUUGUGUUUGAUAUACAUAUGUGUUCUACUGAACAUUGUUUAAAUAUUCGUUAUUUGUUUGCUUUGUUUAUAAGUGCUUAUUGUUGUAGUUUUUUAUGUGUUCGAGAGGCAAUGUCAUACAAACUGUGUAUGAUAUGAGAGGUGAUGUCAUACCGACUGCAUGUUUUGAGAGGCGAUGUCAUACAGACUGCAUGUUUUGAGAGGAGAUUUCAUACAAACUGUGUAUGAUAUGAGAGACAAUGUCAUACAAACUGUGUAUGAUAUGAGAGGUGAUGUCAUACAGACAGUAUGAUAUGAGAGGUGAUGUCAUACAAACUGUAUGCUAUGAGAGGCGAUGUCAUACAGAAUGUAUGAUAUGAGAGGUGAUGUCAUACAAACUGUAUGCUAUGAGAGGCGAUGUCAUACAGAGUGUAUGAUAUGAGAGGUGAUGUCAUACAGACUGUGUAUGAUAUGAGAGGCGAUGUCAUACAGAGUGUAUGAUAUGAAAGGAGAUGUCAUACAGAGUGUAUGAUAUGAGAGGCGAUGUCAUACAAACUGUAUGCUGUGAGAGGCGAUGUCAUACAGAGUGUAUGAUAUGAGAGGCGAUGUCAUACAGAGUGUAUGAUAUGAGAGGCGAUGUCAUACAGACUGCAUGAUAUGAGAGGUGACGUCAUACAGACUGUAUGAUAUGAGAGGCGAUGUCAUACAGAGUGUAUGAUAUGAGAGGAGAUGUCAUACAGAGUGUAUGAUAUGAGAGGCGAUGUCAUACAAACUGUAUGCUGUGAGAGGCGAUGUCAUACAUAGUGUAUGAUAUGAGAGGCGAUGUCAUACAGAGUGUAUGAUAUGAGAGGCGAUGUCAUACAGAGUGUAUGAUAUGAGAGGCGAUGUCAUACAGAGUGUAUGAUAUGAGAGGCGAUGUCAUACAGACUGCAUGAUAUGAGAGGUGACGUCAUACAGAGUGUAUGAUAUGAGAGGCGAUGUCAUACAGACUGUGUAUGAUAUGAGAGGCGAUGUCAUACAGAGUGUAUGAUAUGAGAGAUGUCAUACAGAGUGUAUGAUAUGAGAGGCGAUGUCAUACAAACUGUAUGCUGUGAGAGGCGAUGUCAUACAGAGUGUAUGAUAUGAGAGGCGAUGUCAUACAGAGUGUAUGAUAUGAGAGGCGAUGUCAUACAGACUGCAUGAUAUGAGAGGUGACGUCAUACAGAGUGUAUGAUGUGAGAGGUGAUGUCAUACAGAGUGUAUGAUAUGAGAGGCGAUGUCAUACAGACUGGGUGUGAUUUUGUAUGACUGUUAUAUAUAUUGUUCCUAGAGAUAUUCUGUAUGUAUUCUGUUGGAUGUUUUAUUUAUAUACAUAUUGAGAAUGAAAUGAAGAGAAUGAUCCGUUUUAGGCUGUUUAUGUUAUCAUUGGUGUACAUUAUCAGUUAUUGUAAGUAUAAUGUUUAUAGAGAAUGCAAAAAUAUUUGAAUGUUUCUGUUGUUAUCAAAUAGACUAUUCAUGAUAGGAGUAUCUUUCUUAUGAAUGUAAAUUAUAGUGGUCAAUUUGUGAUGAAAAGUUAUCAAAUACCCCACAGAGGGAAUCCUUGACACUUGUCCCAGUAAAACUUCAUGUUCUUUACAUAGAAUACAAAAUGAGAGCUAUGAAGAAAAUGAUUUAAAUUCAUGAUUUUGGACUGAAUUCAUUAUAAAACAUUUUCUUUAAUUGGAGGGUUUCUCUGCAAGUCACUUUAAAUGCAGAGUAGCUACAUUGAGCUAGGACAAACAUGACUAGGACACCUGUAGUGUAAGUUUCCACAUAUGGUGCUAUCUGUUGUCGUAGAGACUUACACUACAGCCCUACCUCAGAGUACCACUUGUCAUACAAAUAAAAAAUACAGUUAUUUCCGAAAUAAAACAACAUGGUUGUGCUUAUUUUGUUGCUUGUUAAUUUUCAAGUUAAUUGUUUCAUAUUUUUUGAGGCUAAAUUUAAAUGUUUGCUUAUUUUUGUCACUUUUCUUUUUGAAAUAUGAAUAUUGACUGCCUCCCAAACAUUCCUGUACUUUACCUUCUCCAUUCAGAUUUAACAAUGUAUACAAGUUUCUUCAGUGAUUUCCUAGCAGGAAUUGGUAAAGACUGAAGGCUCGGAGUGUUGGGUCAUGUGAAUUAGGUAUUGUGUUAAAAAACAAACCUCUCGAUAGAAAUUUUUUCUAAAGUUUGUGCAGAAUGCAUUUAGAAAAACCAUUUGUCAGUGGUGGUGACAAAUUAUCAUGAGCUCCUCCAGAUCAUGACUUAUCAGGUAAUCUCAUUUUUGUUUGACCUUCGGUUUGGUUAAAAUGAAAAUUAUAGAACUAAUAACAAUUAUGAAACAUAUUCACAGAUAGUGUCUUUGACAGCCUGCAGUAUGUGUUGAACUCCCCAAUUUCUUGUGUGUUUAAUGUGCCUACAGUGUGUUUGUAAAAACUUACAGCAAGCCUGACGUGUGGGCUGCUUCAUUUAGCUUUAUUUAUGAGAUAUGGAUUCACCAAUAUGAAGGGUAGAUAUUUUGCUGAUGAUAAAUAAAAUGCAGAAAACAUU